UAUAAGAAUCGUUGUUUAUUUGUUACCUUAGAAUGAGCUGUUUUAUCUACAGACAGCGCAGGUCACCUUUCAUGGAGUCCGCCGUGUUAAACUGCAAUGUUUCUAUCAAUUAAAACAAUGACCUGAAGUGUAUACCUUGUAAUGUGUUGGCUUUUAGCUUGUAAGAUACACUUUAAUGGAGAACAAUCAAAAAAUGCAGCAAUUGCAGAUUCUCACUAUGCAGCUUUUUUUGAUUUUUGAUCCGUAAGAGUAUUUCUAUAAAACCGCCAGUGCUGAGAGCUUGGGGAUAAAAUCUUCAAGCCUCGAGGUGACAGCACCUCCCCAGAGCUGCUACUAUUGGCUGCUGUAAAGCUAAAAUGCUCGACACAGGAGAAACACCACUUUAAAUCUUCUCUCCCAAGCUGUGGCAUGUGAAUGAUGAGACAUCAGAAAAACAGUGGCCGUAGAGUCACACACUGACCAGCACUAAUUCUGUCCAUGUUCAGUCUUAACUCUCAUUAGCUGGUAUGCCCGCACAUUCCUCCUGCUGGAGGAGUGACUGACUGACUGAGUCCGUCUGUCUGCUGCCUGACUGAGACAUUAAAACCUUCAAGGGCUUUCCCAGACAAAAACAGUCUGCUCAGUCAGAGUCAGCUGACACUGUAGACAUUAUGGGGGUGGUUAAAAUGUAAUUGUUGUUUUCGCUGCGUAUAUGAGAUGAAAAUAUGUGUUUUUUUUGCAGUAUUUUAGUGCUGAAAUGAUUAGUUCGGAUCUGAUUCAACGUUACUGGAUCGAGGCAGCGGUGGACCAGCAAGUCCUGUGUGCUGCGGGGUAAAUUUGCUGUUUUUGUCCAAGGAGUCUGGUUACUUUAGAAAGAGUUAUAGUAUAAACGCUAUACUAUAUCCCGUCGGAAAGGGCUGUCUGGCGGCAAGGUUAAACCGUGAAAAUAUUAUCAAUAUAACAAACACUUUUUGAUGUUUUGCUGCUUUCCCCGUCCACAGCAGUGCAUCGCUUAGCUUCCAUGCUGGUACUCCUGUCUGCUUCUCCAAACUACUGUUGGCAAAAUACCUCAUACAACCCUAACGUUAUUAUGAAGCUGCACACAACUAGAAACAGAAAGAAAUAUUGUUUACAGCCUCUCAGAUGUGAGGAUUUGUUGCUUUUCUUCAUAAUUUCUGAUAUUAAAUGAAAUAUGUUCGGAUUAUACAUUGUUUGUCAGCCAAAACAAGUAAGUUUAUUUAAGGUCUGGGAAAGUGCGAAUUGGCAUUUUUCACUGUUUUCUGACUUUUUUUAUUGACCAAACAUUUUAGCAAAUAAAUGUAAAAUCUACUGCAGUGAUUAAUUGAUUAUGUUAGUAAUAGUUAGUUGCAGCUAUACUACAGCACAUGUACACACCAUAUUAUAGGAACAUUAUCUCCAUUCACCCCCCCUGCAUAGUUGUCAUGGAUACAUCCACUAGUCAUUAGUGGUUAAUGUCCAUUUAUCUUCUAUAAGGGCCAACUGGGAGCGUAUGGAAGAUUGUCAAAGCUAUAGAACGACUGAAGGCUUUAAGAUGCUAAGGAGGGGUCCUGGCCUCCCUGUCAGCCCUCUGACCCCCUCCACUCUUCUCCCAUCCUCCCCCUUCUAAUGUUUGAGGCCCCGGUCACUAUGGCAACAAAAGAGAAACCAGGACCGCAUGAUCAUGACGGGGGCUUUAAAAAUAGUUUGAGACCCCUUUGCUUUCCUCACUAGAGUCUCUGCAUAGUUUCAGUCAUCUUGAGUCCAGAGGGAUUAGAGCUUUUUCACUUAUCUGGAGAGUUGGAGGGCAACAAAAUGGGCCCCCACUCCCCCCCGAUCAGAAACACUGAUCUGUGGAAAGGAACGACAAGUAGAAGCAUUUAGACACUCUUUAGAAGGUGCAAUUUACAUAAACUAGCACAUCUUGGUUAGCUUUUACUUGAACCAUAAGUUCUUUAAGAAGUUUGUCCGUGUAGAAAACAAAUGUUAACCAAGGGUCUAACAGUUUGCUGUUAAGAUCACUGUAAUACAUUUAAAAUCAUAAUAUUCAUCUCUUUUGCACAAAAAAUAUAAAUCAGUUGAAUGAUUUAUGAAAUGCAGAUUUUAAGUUGAGAUCAGAUUAUAAAAACAAAUUUUCCCCUUGUGGUACAGCUGUAUUAAAAAAAAAAAAACACAGUAAAAAUCUGGCCACUAUUUUUGAUUGUCAUUCAUGCUAAUCGCGUGGAUGGAUAAAUGAAAUAAAUACAGCAUGUGUGCAAAUAGGAAUUAACUGAGAGGAUAAAGCGCGCAGCAAAAUAAAGAUAACUCUUAAAUUUGAAAUUGCUGCAAAUGUAUCAGUGAAAAGUGUCAAUUAACAGUCAAUUAAGAUCCAUUUUAAAAUACAUCAGUGAUACAUCUCCCUCGCUCUCUCUCGAAAACACUCAUCACUGAAACCCGCUUGUAGAGUUUGGUUGGAGAUAAUCCUCCAUGAUUCAUCUUUGUAAAUAAAUGUAAUUUCGAGUACAAGGAGUUUUUCUGACAGCUGCAGUUCGUCCAAACUCUGGAUGUUGGAGCAGUGGCAGUAUUUAGUCUGAUUCCCUGCUAUUCAGAAAGGAUUAUAUGUAAUAAAUAUCGUCAUGGACUAAUUAGCUUUUCUCAGUGCAUAGAGAAAUCACACAAGAUUAAUCCUACAGGCUCUGCUCAUUAGGACUGUUAAUUCUGCUUCCCAAACACCACAUGUUGCUCCUGCUGCCGUUAACUCAGCUUUCCUUCAUACUGACACUGAUGCAGUAAUUGAAGUAUGCAGUAUGAAUCUUUAACGACGCUCAUUUUAAACUCAAUUUCAAACUGCAUUUACCGAAUGACCAGGGAGAAUCGAUGGAUGGAGCAUUUCUAUCUGUCUGCCUGUCCCACGAGGAAGUGAGCAAAUGGAUUUUAGAUAAGUAUCUUCUGCAGUAAGUUUGUUGACUUUCUAACAAUAGUUUGUUAAAGCAGCACAACCUCUACAACAGAGACAAUGUGUUAUGUUUUAACCACAAAGUAAAAGGUAUUGACAGAUGUUUGUGCAGUACAGAUUGUAGUAAUUUCUCUGUAGUUUCACAGUUUUUACAUAUCAUUACAACAUAUUGUAGUACCAGAUUUGUCUUAGUCAGUUAUUAUGAGUCUAAGUAGGGAUCAGCCCAACUUUGAGUGUGCUAAUUAACACGCUGUAAUCACAGUUAAAUCGCAGUAGUAGCCUUAUAAACUUGGCAGGUUGGAAAAUGACUUGGCAUUGCCCUGUCCUGGCAGGUGGAGUCCAGAAAUGUGUCUGGCCAGCAUGCCUGCUGUCAGCCCUUCUUUCGUCUUAUUAGCCAUCUUCACCACUAAUUAACAAACAUGGGCAGCCCCCAGGGUUUUCUAUCGUCAACAGGAAGGUUAGGAGGGUUACAGAGUAGGUGAAACACGAGGGAAAGUCCUAGCAGGUACUCGCCAACAAAACUGCGAAUUGUUGCGAGUGACGUAGCGAGAACUGCAGUCUUGCCAUGCUUUAAAUGCUUCUGUGAUUCCUAGACAAGCCUGAAACUCAAGAAGAGGACACACCCGUCAGUCGGAUAUCCUCAUAUUCUCUGACUCACUGUGAUGUUUUUAGAGCACAACUGGCUCGGCUGUCAGCGCACCAUGACCUCAUCAUCAUGCGUCCUGUUGGCCAUUGUUCUCCAAACAACACUCAACUGUCCACCAUCCAUUGUUGACAUCAUAGUUUGUAUGUGCCUGCAAUAGUGUCAAUAUUUACCACUGGUCCUGUGAGAGCGAGGGAGCGAAAAAAGCGAGUGACCCCUCUGAGCUGCCACCAUGGCCCUGGUUCAGGCUCUGCCCAUAUCUGCUGAGCCCCGCAACCCAGGCCUCAGUGGAGGAGCCCGCAGGAGAUACCCCUCCGGCUCUUCACCCCCAAACAACGCGCCACCUUCCGCUCUGGAUCCUAUGGGUUCUGUCAGCAGCCUCAUCGCAACCCGCCCCGGCCCCUACCAGGACCACCGUUCUGGUGUCGAGCUGGGAGCCAGGGUCCGACGGCCCACGCCAGGCGCCCCUUGCCUGGGCUCUGAGUCCCCCCAGGACCCUUUGCUGCAGAGCAACCCGCCACUCAAGAAACAGAGCUCCACAUCGUCCAACAGGGGGCUGGAGAAGGAGAGUGGGAACGGGAACUAUACCUAUCUGAAUGAGGACUACGUAGGUGACUGGAAUGACAACCAUGUAACACCUGCCAGCCCAGGAAGUGACGUAGACGAGAUAAAAGAAGGGUUAGGAUUGAAUGGGAAUAUGGGGGGACCUCCUCCAAAACUGAUCCCUGUGUCAGGAAAACUUGAGAGGAACAUGGAGAAAACAGUGUUGCGGCCCACUGCCUUCAAACCCGUCAUUCCCAAGAGCCGUACCUCCAUGCAAUACCUCUCCCCUCGCCACUGUGCCAACGUACCAGAAAGCCAAAACAACUUGAAUCUGCUCAGCCCCACUCACAGAGAGGUGUCGCCCUCCUGCACUGAGAAAUGCAACUUGUACAGUAGGGCCCGUAACAGCGGUGGUGGCAGUGGCCACUCCUGUCAGCUGUCCGACUCUGGACGCAACUCCCUCGCCAGCCUCCCACCUUACAGCAACGCCGGCUACAGUCAGGCGUCAGGAGAGGCGUCCGCCGGCCACCUGGAGCCCAUGAAGAGCGCCCCGCCUGUCAGUGGACACGGACACUCCAACUCAGACAGCGGGCGCUCAUCUUCCAGCAAGAGUACCGGCUCCGGAUCGAUAAGUGGCCGUGGACAGCCUCUGUCUGAUAGCGGGUCGAGCGGGCGCUCCCCAGGCCCUGUGGAGGGUUAUGAGGGGGUGGUGAGGGAUCUGGAGGACAAGCUGAGGGAGAGAGAGCUGGAGCUGCAGCAACUCAGAGACAACCUGGAUGAGAAUGAAGCUGCAAUUUGUCAGGUUUACGAGGAGAAGCACAAGCGCUUCGAACUGGAGCUGGAGGAGCUGAGACAGGGCUGUGCCACCAGGAUGCAGGUAGCCUCACAGAAGGCCCAGCGUGCACAGCAGGUGCUUCAGUUGCAGGUGUACCAGCUCCAGCAGGAGAAGAAGAAGCUGCAGGAGGACUUUGCUCAGCUCCUGAAGGAGAGGGAGCAGCUAGAGGAGCGCUGCACCUCCUACGAACACGAGAAGAUCCAGCUGGGGCCGCGGCUGGAAGAGAGCAAGUGGGAGGUCUGCCAGAAGUCGGGGGAAAUCUCGUUGCUGAAGCAGCAGCUGAAGGAGGUGCAGGGAGAGUUAGCCCAGCGAGUAGGAGAGAUCGUUUCACUGCGGGGUCAACUCAGAGAGACUCGUGGCGAGCUGACAAACACCCAGGUCUUGCUCCAGGAGGCUCACGGCACAACACGCACACGAACCCUGGAGCUGGAGGUGUGUGAGAAUGAGCUCCAGCGUCGCAAGAGCGAAGCUGAGCUGCUCAGAGAAAAGGUUGGACGCCUUGAGGCAGAGCUGACUCAUCUUAGAGAGGCUUUGGCCAAUCAGGGUCCAGGAAACAGACAGUGUCAGGUGUUCCAGGAAGCAGAGGAGCACCUGCUCGCCUAUGAGAGCGAUGAGGCGAAGGCCCAGCGGCAGAGCAGCACCGAGGCCCUGCAGAACAUGAAGGCGCAGAUGGACAGGAUGAGGGCCGAGCUGACCUUUGAGCGUCAGCGGGGCGAGCAGCAAACGGGAAGCUUCGAGGAGGAGCGCAGGAUAUGGCAGGAGGAGAAGGACAAAGUUAUCCGCUACCAGAAACAGCUGCAGGAGAACUACGUGCAGAUGUACCGCAGGAAUCGAGAGCUGGAGCAGCUCCUGCAGGAGCUCAGUCAGGAACUGGAGAGCAGGGAGGAGGACGAGGGCAGCGGCAAUGAGAUCAACUUCGAUGAGAUCGCUGCCACGGAAAUUUGACACUUGCGUCUCUCCAUCUUUUGAUUUGCACUACUGUCAGCUAAAGGUUUUUUUUCCACCUACAUGUCACAGAUUUGAUCUCUUGUGCCGUCUAGAUGGAAACAUAUUCUGUUUAAGAUUGCAAUCAGAUUGGUAUAACAAAUUAAAAAAAAAAAAAAAAAAAAAAGCCAUCUGCAGUGUAAAAUCAGCCACACUUUAGUUCUGCCUCAUUGGUCUAUUCUCCAAGGAGUCCCACUUGAAAGCCAGUGACCUCUAUUAGUGUUUAGUAGGCCACCUCAGUCCUCAGCCCCUCCAUUAAUGUCUGUGUUAGUGUUUGCACUAACUAACUAGACAUCCCCGGCCCUCUUCACCAGUUUUAGGCAUUUGUGGGAGACUUUGUCGUGUAUGAGUAACUUCUCCCAACCUUUAACUAUCCUCUCGUGUUGGUGGUGACUCUACCUUCCCUGCUGGGUUUAGCACUACACACCCACUCUGUGUUAGCAGUCAGCUCUCAUUAGUACAGUUAAUUUUGAUGGAGCCCACGCUGUUGUCAGUUGACAGUAAACGUGGGAUACCACACAUUCAGCAUGUCAUGAUAAGAGUGAGUGAAUCAGAGCGAGGUGCUAGUGACGGUGGCUGCACUCUGGGUGAUGUAAAGAGAAUUAUGUUGUCUUUUUUUUUCUCAAAACCACUCAAGCCUUUAUGUAAAUUACAUCAUGACCAACAAGUAAACAGUAGAUGUUUCCAGAAUAUGUCUACUUAAAAACAACAUGAAUCUAAUGUUCCAACUAUAUAUGGCACAAAUUAGUUGAUUUUUCUAACUGUAAGCAGACAGAAUUGGUUCCUGGUCCAGUAUGAGGGUAAGCUUCUCAUAUCCUGAACACCUUACUCUCAAUGGUGGAAAUAAUAUCAUGAACAUCUGUACAGUCUUAUGUAAUUAAACACAGUAACAUCUGGAACAAAACACCUUACAUCCAGUGCACUUCAGCUUUUCUCUGCACACUCAGUGGGUCUGAAACACCUUUUAAAAGAAGCUCUAUCGUCUGAUGUCAGAAGAAUGGAUUAAAUCACUUUUCCUGUAGUGUAGGAGAUAAUGGAUCAAAUCUUCUACCACGGUGUACGUGAAGUAAUUAUAUACUCAAAUAUCGAUAUACUAUAUAUCAUGACAUUGUAAAUCAGGAAAAUCAAUGGGCCUUUUUCACAGCAGACAUGUUGGCAUGUCAUAUCAGAAAACCAUUACACGGGUGUAAUUAAUAAUAUUAGUUACGACUGCAUUCUACAACCCGGGAAACCAGCGAGACCCAGUUCCAGGUUCCUGAUAUCGGGAACACUGGCUCACUCUCAUGGCUUACAGGGACACUUGAUGGAGCUGAACCAUCGAUAACAUAAUUUGUUUCACCUGUGUUUCCUGCUCUGACAAGUCAAAAUGUCUGCUGUGGAAAAAGGGGCAGUCCAAAACACAACUGAAAGCAGCUAAAUGCACUUCUGCCAUCAUUUAAUUAUUCCCAUUUGUGCUUUUCCUACAGUGACAUGUCAAAAUGUCUCCGGUGAAAAAAGGCCUAGUGGUAAACGGUUUUUCUAUAAAGUCAAGUUGAUGUAUGUUUUUGGUAAAUCCUGCCAAUGAAAGGCAAAAAUCAACUUCUGAGAUUUCUGCCUCCCAAAAAAACACUGUAAACUGCUUCCUUUAAGAAUGUUUUGAGCAAAACUUGAAGCCUUUUUGAGACUUUUCCUGGUGUUUUAAAGUAGAUGUAAAGGGAGAUAAACAGUGUUGUGAGUCACCGGGAGGGAUAGCACAGUAUAAACCCUAUGACAAAAUCUGUGAUGGCUGACCCAUUUAAAUUGUCUAAUGGUAUACCGUAUGACCUUAUAUCACCCAUUCCUGCGGUCUUAAACAUCCAGUAUGUAGACUUUAGUGGCAUCUAGCCUUGGAGAAACUAUGCUGGCCGCGAAAUGCACGGAAAAACACAUUCUGGACUGCUGUAGAAACAUGGUGGUUCAACAUGACGGCCUCCAUGUAAGGCGGCCCAUAACGAUUCUUAUUUUCAGGGGAUUACAUACAUUACACAUUAUGUUCUAUUUCUGCCAGUAGAUCCUCCUAAAUGUUACACACUGGACCUUUAAAUCCAGACCUAAUAAAACAUAACGAUCAGUGUGCUAAUACUUUCCCAGUCAAAGAAAUGACGUUGAGAAAACUGUGUCACAGUACUAAAGCACACCCACAAUGGCUCUUCUUGUAUCUCAUAAUUGGAUAAUAAUUACUUUACUACUUCCCUCUCUAAGAGGUGAUAAAAGAUUGAUUACUAUGUGUGGGUGAUGUGUUACUUAGAUUUACUGAAGGGAAAUCGUGCACUGGAUGCUGGGUGUUUGGGUAUAAACUAUUUUGACCACGGCGCGACUGUUUUUCCACCAACCUUUCCAGUAUAGGAUCUGUUUCAUUUGCAUUUACUUCCUUGUACAACAGAACCAAGAGAAGAAGGCAUCCUUUGUUCCUCUGUUACUGCUGACUGAAUCAUCGUCCUCUGUAAAUAGUCCUGACAAAUAAUAAAGUUUUUUCUUCCAGAGAUGUCUGUCCAUCUCAAAAAAUAAAAACAUAGCCACUGUGAAUAGACCAAAGCAAUGUCGCACAUUAUAUUUUGCUCCUACAGAUACGAUGCCUGUAUAUUAAUGUUUGUGUGGAUGUUUGUUCUGGUUCCUCAGUAUAAUUUUAUAAUCCACAAUAUUUGUAUGAAGACAUUAAAUGUAUAUUUUCAUGCUGUACAUUUCUUGAACAAACCUACUAUGUUUUUAAUUAAAAAAGACAAAAUUUAA